CCACGCGCAGGGGAGGGGGCGGGGGCGCCGCGCACGCGCAUGAGACGGCGGCGCGCGCCGAGCGGGGGGCGCCGCGCGGUGCAGCCACGAUGGAAGGGGGUGCUUACGGAGCUGGUAAAGCGGGGGGCGCCUUCGACCCCCACACCCUGGUCCGGCAGCCGCACACCAUCCUGCGCGUCGUGUCUUGGGUGUUCUCCAUAGUGGUGUUUGGCUCCAUUGUAAACGAGGGCUACCUCAACAGCCCCUCGGAGGGUGAAGAGUUCUGUAUCUACAACCGUAACCCCAAUGCCUGCAGCUACGGUGUGGCUGUGGGCGUGCUGACCUUCCUCACCUGCCUGCUCUACCUGGCCCUGGACGCAUACUUCCCGCAGAUCAGCAGUGUCAAGGACCGCAAGAAGGCCGUGCUGUCUGACAUCGGCGUCUCAGCCUUCUGGGCCUUCCUCUGGUUUGUGGGCUUCUGCUACCUGGCCAAUCAGUGGCAGGUCUCCAAGCCUAAGGACAACCCACUGAACGAAGGGACAGACGCAGCUCGGGCUGCUAUUGCCUUCUCCUUCUUCUCCAUCUUCACUUGGGCGGGCCAGGCUGUGCUGGCCUUCCAGCGGUAUCAGAUUGGCGCCGACUCAGCCCUCUUCUCCCAGGACUACAUGGACCCCAGCCAGGACUCCAGCAUGCCUUACGCCCCCUACGUGGAGCCCAGCGCUGGGCAGGACCCCACCGGCAUGGGCGGCACCUACCAGCAGCCAGCCAACGCCUUUGAUGCUGAGCCCCAGGGCUAUCAGUCGCAGGGCUACUGAGCCACAGUGACCACCUGCCCUGCCUGCCCCUGCGUCUCUACCCCAGCCCCGCCCCCACCCACCAUGCCGCCUCCCUCGGACCCGCCCCACGCCCAGCCCCUCCUCAGCCUCCAAGUUGCUCUGCAGAGGUUCAGGGCGUCUAGCAGACCGGAGCAGCCUGGCAUGGGGGCAUCCACGUGUGUGCAAGUAUGUCCAAAGGCAUGUGUCCAGCAAGUGGGAGCCAGGGCUUGCAUUCAUUCAUUGCUUCUUCGAGCAUUCAUAUAGCACCUGCUCUCCGCCAGGUCUGUGCUCAGCAAGGUGGUAGAAGAGGCAGAGAUGGUCCCCCAAAAGGGGAAAGUUGGGAUGAUGAAGAGGCCCUGUCUGUGCCAGAGGCAGGAGUGGUGGGACAGACAGGGACCAUGCUGGAAAGUCAUAGGGUGAGUGUGGAUGGCACAGGAUGUAGGUUGUCACCCCCAGAACCCUUGAUAUGGGCAACCCUGCCAGGAUUAUCAGGGCUGUCUCCAUUUUAUGGUCUAGAGAUCACAGUCACUCGCCCAGGGUCACUCAGUUGAUGGAGGUGAGGCUAUGCCAAGGCAGCCCAACACUGACAGAGCACCUGCUUUCACUCCCUGUCCUCAUGCCCCAUCCCCUUUCCUGGGCACCACUGCUCAGCACAUCCUGGGGGCUGGGUCUGUGAGACACCAGAUUCGUCUAUAAGCAAAGGGCCUCUUCUGCCUCAGCUGCUUCCCCUCCCCGCAGUUCCUAUCCUGGGGCCUUGGCCUUUUCCCAGAGGCUACUCCUUUGCUGUGUAUCCCACACGGAGUCUGCUUGAGGUGUGCCAGUGACUCCCUUUGUGGCCUCCCAGAGGACUGGUCACUGUUCCUGCUUCUGGGAGGUCUCUCUAAGCCCUUGCCCAGGGCAACAUGGACAAGGAGGCCCUGGUGGUGGUGGGGACAGGCCCAGGGUCCCAGCAAGUGGCGGCAGUGGGCUUACUGCUUGCAUUUCUCGACCUUGGUCACUCAGCAGGUGCCUGAUUCCCACCCUUGUGACCUCCCAGGAAACAACUGAUCUGGAGCAGCCGUAGGCAUGGGCCAGACCCUCCCCUAUCCUCUGGAAGGCCCAUGGGAAGCAGAGUAGUAGAGUCUGUGGCCACCAGAUGCAUGGCCCGAGAUGACAGGGGUGAGCCACUGUGCAGAAUGGGCGCUGAGAGACUAUGGACCAGGGGACAGGUUAGUAGGUAGUCCCAAAGGCAUAAGGAGAGUUGGACAAAGAGCGGCAGUUGGCCCUUCUGAGCAGCAGCUGGGAGGGGUCUUUGCACAGGUGCACCCCACCCUGAAUCAGAAGGGACACGGAGAGGUGUGUGGUGAGCCACCCUCCUCCUGUCUGUGCUGAGUGCACAGUGGCGGGACCCUCAGAAAGCAGGACACAGAGACUUACGAGUCAGGCAUGGUGAUGGGUGACUUCACCAUCACCCCAUGUCCCACAGGGGACCCUACGAGGCAGGUAUACCUGUGCUGGGUACUCUAAGGGUGUGCGUGGUUCUUGUGCCCUCAGAGCUUGUGGUCCAAGUGUGCUGAGGGCCUGAGGCUCCCAGGAAGGACCCUGAGGAUGGCAGGAGGGGAGGGAAGGAGCAACACUGUCCUUACUGAGCAGAGAGAGAAACAGACUCAGCACGAGUGAGUUAGCAGUGGCACCUGACUGAACUCGGGGCUGUUGAAGUCCUCCCAAGGAGCAGCAGUGUUGGGAGAGGACAGCUGAGUGACAGCUACCUGCUGCUGACUUUCAUUUUCCACAUCUGGGGAAUGGGUUCUGUCUACAGGCCAGGUGGUCUGAGUGGGGACACUUGGGGGAGGGUUAUCUGUUGGCCUGAGUGAUGAGACCUGGACCAGACCAGACCAGAGGUGAGGCUGCAGUGACUAUAGGAGUUUUUCUGGCAUAGGGUGGUUCUGUGCCAGCCACGGCAGGCUGUGGGAUGCCCUGUCCCUUGCUUACCACCCUGAGCCCCCUGGCUGGUGGGUCUUAGAGACCCGUGGGUUCUGCUCAUUUGUUUCUCCCCGAGCACCAACCUGUCAAGGUUCUGCUGGGCCAGAGGGCAAGGGAGCUCAACCCAGCCUGGGAAAGUGUACCAGACCCCUGCCAAGCAUGGGGGCUGUCACCUCAGGAAACAUCCCUCUUUCUGGGGUCCAGGCCAGAUGGAUGCCCCAGGCAUGGUUCACCAGGUGGGACACCAGUGGGGACUUGCCACAUUUGGAGAUGAGAGGCAGAGGGCAAGAGAUCAGAGGUGAGAGGCUUGGAAGAGACCCAGCCUCCUGACUCUGCUGCUGGAAGGUUCGUGAGGAAACAGCACAGUUUUCAGGGGUUACACCCCUAGGCCAGCAACACCCUGGUACCCCUUCUCUUUGUUGCCCUCGGCCACACUUUGCUAGGAGAAGGUCCAUCUGCUGCCCGACCCAUGGAGUUUGGGCUCCUUCCUCCUGCCAAGCACAAGAGAAGGCUUAGGAAACAGGCUCCACACAAGUUCAGACCCUUAGAGAGGGUCAAGUCUGGGACAGGAAGCCAGUAAUGUCCAAGGUCAAGCACAGAGGUUUAGGAGCCCCGUCUUUCACUGUCUGAGUUGACGCUCAUUCUGUGCAAUCACGGGCUGUCUUGCCUGGGUGGCUCCUGAUCCACAGGACUAUUCCCAGGGGACUGGCAUUGUGUUUUCCCCUGCCCCCAGCUCCAUUCUUCCUUGUGAUUAAUGAUCUUCAAGACUCUUGGGAGUCCCCACUUGUUACCCAUAAGGGACCCCUAACCUUGGCCCAAGACCCCUUUGAUUCUCUAAUGAGCAGGAGGGGGACCACCCCACCCAGAGUUGAUGGAGGAUGGACUGGUCCAGCUGUCUCCCAGUGCUACCCCUGACCUGACAUUCCAGCCCCCAAUGCCCACAGCCCUCAUCUGGGUGCCCUGGCCUCUCCUGCAGCGUUACUGCCUGUGUAUAGUAUAAAUAUAUAUUUUCUAUAUAUAAGAUGUAUAAUAAUAUAAGGCUCCACAAAUAUAUUUGUGUGUGUGCGUGCGUGUGUUCGGUGAAGGGUGGUCCCCAUCCUGGGCUCCUACUCUAGACCCCCUCCCACCUGGUUAAGUCUCUCCAGAGUGGAUCCAGUGGCCCCGUGGCACCCUCUGACAUCCAUCCAUCUGUGGUGAACCAAGUGAAGGUGGUGAAUUCUGGUGACAUAGUAAUAAA